AUGAAGCACUUAUAUCACAAGAUUUCAACAGUUGAUGAUGGAGCUCGGUCAACACCUAUAAUUCAACUUCAAGGAGACGAAAAUAUUUUAGAUUUCCUUUUUGUCAAAACCCCCAAAAUUGACACCAAAAAGCUCAAAAAAAUAUCUCCUAGCCAAACACUGAGCAAGAAAAGCAGUCUAAAAUUAUUAGGCAUAAAUGAAAUCAAUGAUUUUUUUAAAUCUGAUAAAGAAAAAAACCAGCGCUUAAUGACAAGGGAAACUCCAACAAGAGAUGUCUCCCAUUUAAAAGAUAAAAUUUCAUUACCAUCAAUUGAGCCAAAAUUAAUCCAAAGCAUCCUUCCUACAAAUAUAUUUUUAUUUAUAGUAAAUAAUCAUUUUUUUAUUUUUUUAGAAGUGAUUUUUAAAAAAUUUUUUAAAAACAGUUUAAAGAUAUUUUGAAUAAAGCACUUACAGAAAUUGGCAGUAAAUGAAGAAUUGCUAGGAUCAAGCUGCCCAACAAGCCCAGGAUUUCUUACUCCUUUGCCUUGUAGAAAAGAAGAGUGCAACGACUAUACCUUGCAGACUCAACGAAUUAAAAGAUCUCACAGAAAUAAUUCCUGCUCUAUUCCUGAUAUCUAUGAAAACGAAAAACUAGAUUUAGGGAAUCCUGCAGGCCGGCAAGACGUCGAAAAUCUCAAAAAAUGGCUUCAAUUUAUGAAAGAUAAAAUUGUCGGAGUAAACAAAAAUAUCGAGGACAUCAGUAAAUGUUCGCAAAAGGAGCUGUUUUUAAUAUACAAUAUUUGUGCAAAAGAAAUAAUCAGACAAGUUGCUGUACAUUGUGUAGAAAGAGGAGAAAUACUUAAAGAAGUCGUUGAUAUGCUAGUAAAAAUAAAAUUACUGAAAAUUAGCAGAAUGAGGGAAAGUAUAAAGGCAGUCGAGGAAAAUAAAAGAAAAGAGCUAGAAAAUGAACUAAAUAAAAGAAUUAAAAUUACAGAAGAUUAUGAAAAAAAAAUUGAAGAGUUAAAUGAAAUUAUUGUAAAAAAAACAAAUUCAAAGCUAAGAUUAAAAGCAAAGUAUGAUUCAUUGAAGAAGCACAAUGAAAUUUUAAAAAAGCAGACGUUCGAUAUAACAGAAGGAGCAAGACGUGGCAGCUUAUUUAAUUUUGGAACAUUAACGCCUUUAUUAAGCAAAAAUCUGCUUACUCCCCCCGUGAGUGAACAAAACCCACUAUAAAAAUCCCCAAAACCCCCUCCGUGAGCGAAUAAAAAUUGUUUAUGUGAAAAAAUUUUGAAAUAUAAGUGAUAACUAGUAUCAUAAAAUCUCGAGCUAAUUCUGUUUAAUUUAUACAAAUUGCGUUUUAAAACAUAAAUUUUACAAAAUUAAAUUAAUAUUUGCCUUCCAAUUUUCGAGAAAUGGGAUUUUUUUAAAUUCCGAAAAAAUUUUUAUAUAUAAAUUUUUUUAAAAAAAAAAAAUUAACCCGUAAGCCAACAAGAUUUUUUUCGCUGACGGAGGGGGAGUUAGCAGUGCUAAAUCUAAACGAUCAAGUUAUCGAGCUUCAUCAAUAGGAAGUGCGACGUCAGAAGACGAAUGUCGGAGUGCUCUAAUAGAUGAAAGUAAUAUUUCUAGCAUAACAAAUGCUCAAGCUAACACUCCUGCCAUGGAAAUUCAAGUACUUAAAGACCCAAACCUCGAAAAUGAAGGAGAAAAACAGUUUCAAGACGCCUCAUGCCAAUGGAAUGUAUUUGACGUAGAAAAUAUAAGCGAUAACCCAAACCUUGAUUUUCCAAAGCCAGGGCCAGACGGGACUUUUAGCGAUAUUGAAGAAGAAAAAAGCGAAAAUUUAGAAAUAAUUGACGAAAAUGAAGAAUGCGAUUUAGACUUAAUGGAAGAGGAAAAAUUCUAUCAGCUUGGAAUGAAUGAAAAAGACAUAAUGGAAAAUAAUAGUGACAUAGCAGAAAUUAGCGAAAUUAAUGUAGAAAGACCUUUAAUAGAGUCCUGCAUAUCUGAACAAAUAAUCACCAAAAAAGAAUAUGAAGAAGACGAAAGGCAUAAGUCUUACUGCUGCGAAAAUAUAAAGCAUAACGAAACUGAAAAAAAUGAGGAAGAAAGCAAUUCUGAUAUAAAACGAGAUAACAAUUUAUCACGAAUUAUCCAGCAAAAACAGUCAAAAUUAAAUUUUAUCACUUUUUUGAUCAAGAAAAAAAUCAUUAUUCUUAAGAAUUUAAAUAGAGAAAUCACAGAGAAAAAACAGCAGCUGCAGUAUUCUGAUAUGUCUGACCAUGUAUCAAUGGUAUUGGUAAAUGAAAAAAAUAUUUCUGGGCUGCAAUCAAUUUUUAACCAGUCUGGUAGACAAAUUUCAGCUUCAGAAAGAUCAUCAAUUUCAGUGUCAGAGCGAAAUAGCUUUUUAUCAGAAGAGCUUGAUGAGUCUGAGCAGAGUUAUGAUACCUCAUCUAAUCAAGAAGAAGGUAAAAUUGAUGAAUUUCUACAAGGAGAUGAAAAAGUUCCCAUUAAGCGCAGUGAUGCUAUAUCAACAAAACCCAGAGAACGAAAAUUAACUAAAUAUCAUAGAAAGCAUGAAAAUAUUAUUGAUGAAGCCAAACAAAGCUCAGGCAAUCAAAAUUAUUAUAAUCCUUUAGAAACUAAUGAGACUGAAACUCUAAGCACUGGAAGAUUAGGAUUAGGAUUAUUAAAGUCAGCAUUAGCCAUAUUGGUGACGCAGUCACCAAAGACUUCCCGUACGGGAGGCUCAUCCGCUUUUCGGAUCCAGCCCAGAGGUUCUAUCCUUUUGUGAGUACUCUUCUGGUACCUUCUGUCUCCUCCAUGCCUUGUGGCUUCAGUCUGAGUGGGUGGCUUAUGGAUUUCUGCCCUGCUACAGGCGAUUGGAGUAGCUUGAUUCCAAGGAUCAGCUCCUUGGAGUCUAUCAGGUGUCGAAGUGCCUUCCUUCGACAGCUACAGGAAAAAGACUGUUCCCCUGUGACCUGGGCCGAACCCCCAGUUUCUCGGUAGAGGAAUGCCCAUGGGUCCUCUGAUCCAAAGGACGUUGCUGAGCACCUCCAUUUCUUACCACAGGAAAGCAGCCAAAACCUACCCGGAUACACAUAUUGAGCCUGCACUAGUUUCUUGGCUUGGAGUCCGUCCCAGUUCGCCGUAACCAUAAGGUCUGGACUGCUGCGCCAAGAGGGCAGGUCGACACGUGUCGCCAUUUUAAUGUAUCCAAGCACUGGAAGAACUUCUGAUUAUUCACCUUUUCAUAUUAAUGAGCCUGCAAAAUUAGACACAAAUACUUCAAAUGAAGAAAAUACAGCUGAAAAUCAGUAUCAAAUUUUUUCGACUAGCUAUACUAAUGUACUAGAGAUCCCAGAAAUCACGAGAACCUCCAAAAGAAUAGUCACAAUGUUUCCAGGCAAAAUAACAAAGCAGCCAACUGAAGAAGAUCUUAUUAUCCAAAAAAUAAAUACAGAAACCUUAAUAUCAUCUGAAGAAGCCAAAGCUCAAGUUAUAAGAAACUCAAAUCCCAGGCUUACUUUUCACACAAAAAAAGAAAAAUCCUCAACAACAAAAUUCAAAAUUUUCCAUUUCCAACGAAAAGAAACAAUAAUGCAGAAAAAAGUUAUACACCCUGCCCCUGCGUUAUUAGAAAAAUUCAUCACUAGAAAAAUGGAAAGAAUUCGGAAAAAAUCAACGAUGACUAGAAAAAUGGUGCAUAGGCUGAUUAGCUCAAUUUAUUCGGCCUGCUUAGCAAAAGUAGCGUCUGGGUUAUACUUAGAUGGGCUUGUAGAACAAACUUAUGAUGAAUUUAUGCAGAAAUAUAGCUAUAGAAAAACAUCAGAGAAAAAGUUCUUUGAAUUUAUUUCUUCUUUAUUUAACUCAAUAGACAGUAAAAGGGCUGUAAACUUUAUGAGGUUUAUAGGCGCUGCUAAAAGAAUAGGGAUCACCAAUUUUUCAAAAUUGAGCUUUGUCUUUUAUAUACAGGCUUAUCAUUCUAUGAUCAGCUCAAAUAAAGGAAUUUUAGUUGCAUAUGAUGAUACGGCUGAGCGAGCUAUGAUACCAAAAUCGAGAGCAACUGAGUUUUUAAAUACCAAAAUGGAAGGAAUUAUAGAUAAGCAAACACAUUCUCGGCUUUCGGUCACAAUUGAGCAGCUUACAGUACCUGACCCCAAAAAAAUAAACACUUCAGGACUUGUGGAAAUUGAAGCGGUUUUAGAACUUUUUGUAGAAGUGCACGAAGAUUGAUGCUAGGUUAACGCUAUUGGGAAGCUCCGGUAUCUCUUCGUAUGAGCAGCAAAUUCUUCUACGUUCUUCGUCCUCAGACAUCUUGCCGACAUUGAUCCGGAGGGUGUUAGCAUGAUCUGAUGGAAAAUCCAAAAAGAUUUGUUGAGCUUGUCUGAGAUCGGCUUGCCUAGAGUGCAUGCGCUUCUGGAAAAUUCGAAAAUCAAAAAUAUUCUGGUCAGGUUGGCAAUCAAGAUAGAACUUCUUAGCCCAGAACACAGUGCCAGGUAUCCCGCUGUGAGUAGUCUGAUUUGCGAAUAGACGCUACUUGACAUUCCCUUUUCAACUGAAGGACUAUCUCCCAACGAGGUAAACUCUGAUGUGGAUUGGAUCAUACAUUCAGUUAAAUCCGACAUUUUGCUCCAGCAGACCAGGUGAAGCCUGGUCGGAUAAGCAUUUCUGAGUGUUGUUAUCCCUUCUCCAAGAUCCCUAGUCACCCCAGCUGCAGUUGCUAGAGGGUAGGCUGGAUCGCCACACACCAUUUUAAUGUAUUUUAGUAGCCCACGAAGAAUAUCAAAAUAAAAUAAAUCAAGGGCUUUAUAUGCUAGUUGAAGCCGUAAGAUUUAAUGAAGACAAAACUCAUCUGCCCUUCGCUGAAUUUUUAAUUCUGGCAAGGAUAAUUUCUCCUUCCAAAUAUCAAUCCUCAAAAGACGAUAUAAAAAAAUGAAUUGAUAUAGCUCCUGAUCCUUUAUAGAUAAACCAUAGGAACCUUUUUUUGUUUUGUGCAUAAAAUGACAGUUACAUAAAAAAAUUUAACCUCCCACUUUUGCAACAGUUUUCGAUAUUUAUUUGAUACUGCCUUUUAGGUGAAAAUGCAGCAGAGUUUAAAAGCCCAAAAAUAGUUAUAAGUAAGAUCUAUCAAGGCUCGAGUUAUAAUUUUAAAGAUGAUGAAGAAAUUAACCAGCUUGAAGAAAUUUUUGGAAAAUGCGUAGAAAAAAAUUUAUUAAGCAUUGGCGAUGUAAAUUCAUUUUAUAGUCCAAAAGAGGAGCUAAACAGUGAAAACGUCCUACGUGAAAUGAAUUCUAGUAAAGAAAUCAUUAUGGACAUUAUUAGUAAAAUGAGAGAUACUAGUGAAAAGAAAUGGGUGUCACUUAGUGAAGACGAGUGGGUUAAGAAAAUCGAUAAUUGCUUAGAAAGCGUGACAGCAAGAAAUCCUGUAGAAGCAAUGCUAGCUUGGAAGAUAUACAAAUCAGAACUUUUAAGGGUUUACGAAAUUAUUGAAGCAAAAUAG